AUGGCUUUCGCUGGGUGUGUACGCAGGUCAGCAUCUAAGUUGGCUUCCACAUGUGGUCGAGCCCGGUCUAUCUCCACCGUUGUGAACUGUCGUCCGUCUCUAUCUCUCAACCCGUCUCCGCUGCGUGCCUUCAUCUCCCGUGGCUUUGGUACCUCGAGGAGUGAUAGUAUACUUGGCUCGGAGAUACGGAUUCUCAAAGUGAUUGACUCCAAGAUCCUUUCUGAUUUGCAAAUCGAUGAUCUCGAUUAUCUUAAAGAGACAACUCCGGAAUACUUCAGAUUCAGAAUUGAAGAUGAUCCUGCAGAUCAGUUUGUGACAUUGACUAGUGAGCACGUUGGGGAAAAUAUUAAAGUUUUAGCAUUCAUGCCUAGUCUUGUUGCUGAUAAACCAAGUAUUAAACUGAUUCUAACUGUUACCACGAAGAGCGGGCUCAGCCUGGAGUUUAGCUGCACGGAUUUUGGUGAUCAUUUUAACAUAGAAAAUGUAACAGUGAAUCAUCCGGGGGAAAAGAAUGAUUGGCAAUUCGAAGACUUGGAAGAUGAUCUCAAGAAGGCCUUCAACAAUUAUGUGGAGACCCUAGUAGGAGAAAGCACAAGGAAGUUAUUGCAUAGGUACAUGAUGAGCAAACAGAAGCGAGAGUACUUGGCCUGGUUGAAGGAUGUUAAGAAGUUUAUGAACGAAUUUCAUCUAGAUAGGUGUAGAAUUAAUAGUUAA